AAUCUCUAGGCAACUUGCUUGUUUGACGCAAGGUGAGUGGUUUACUUUUGUUUACACUACCGGAAAUGUUCGCUAGGGUGUCGCCUGACGAAAUGAAGAUGGAUGAAUCUGCAAAUUAUCAGGGAUAUAGAUUUCACGAUGAAAUUUGUGAUUGGAUAGAUCGCUUUUCAAAAGCGCCAAGUAUAAGUAAUUUGCAUCUGGCUUGCGAGAAGGGGGAUUUGCAAUGCGUGGAGAAUUUGAUUCACUGGAACAGGAACUUGUGUUUGAGAAAGAAUUGUUAUGGGAAUACCGCUCUCCAUAUUGCAGCGGAGAAUGGAAAAGUAGGUGUUAUAAAUCUGAUUCUCAGAUAUUGCCCUGAGUCUGUGGAAGAGGUCACUGCAACGACGAUGGAGACUUGUCUUCACGUGGCCGUCAAGCAUAACCAGAUCGACGUUGUUCUGUGCGUGCUAAAUUGGAUCGCUGGAGAAAGGCCUGACUUCUUCCAUGUGCUUGAUUUCAAGGAUUAUAGAGGAAAAACUUGUCAGGAAUUAAUCCAGAAUUACGUAACACAAACAACCGAUGAACCUGCAAAUUAUUGCGAAGAGGAAUUAAAAGGGCUUUUGAUAUGGAAUUAUAAAAUUGCCGAUUUGCUCCUGGCUUGCAAGCUGGGGGAUUUGGAAACGGUGGAGGGGUUGAUUCGAAGGAACAGGAAAUUGUGUUUCGCGAAGGACGGGUUUGGGAGGACGGCUCUCCAUAUUGCUGCGGAGAACGGCAAAGUAGACUUAAUAAAUCUGAUUCUCAGAUAUUGCCCUGAGUCUGUGAACGAGGUCACUGACAAAACAGGGGACACUUGUCUUCACGUGGCUGUGAAGAAUAACCAGAUCGACGUUGUUAGGCGCUUGUUAAAAUGCGUUACCGAAGAAACGCCUGACUUCCUCCAUGUGCUUGAUUUCAAGGAUUAUACGAGAAAAACUGUUGUUCAAUUCUCCAAACAAUUCCAGGCUUUGAGAGUAUUUCUUCCCUUGAAGUCUGGUGGUUCUGUGGCUAUAGAUAUCUGUUAUGACCUAUCUUAUUUAAGUUUUCUCGGAAUCCGUUGGGAACCUAGACCUAUGAUAACCUGGGAUUUAACCAAACACAAAAUCAAGCACACUGGUAAUUAUAGUCAGAAGGGGUUGUCCAACGGUGCUUGCUAUUUGACGGAAGAAAAAAUCAAGCAAAAUGAUUGUUGUAGUCCUAGAGGGUUGUCCAAUGGCUCAAGGGGUUUGACCGAAGAAAAAAUCAAGCACAAUGAUAAUUGUAGUCCUAGAGGGUUGUCCAACAGCUCAAGGGAUUUUGCCAUACAAAUAAUUGAGCCCGACAGCUCAAGGGAUUUUGCCAUACAAAUAAUUGAGCCCGACAGCUCAAGGGAUUUUGCCAUACAAAUAAUUGAGCCCGAUGAUGAUUAUAGUCAUAGAGGGUUGCUCAGUUGGUUAUCCAAUGGAAGCAUUGUUGAGCCCUCUGUUCAAUUCAGAACUGGUUUGCUACUGAUAGCCACACUGAUCGCAGCAACAACCUUCCAAGUACCUUUUCACUUCCUUGGCAACACUUCCAAAUUGGGCUAUGAACAACAUUCAAUCAUGCGUAGCUUGAUCAUCUCGUGCAAUUCCCUGGUGUUCAUUGCAUCUGUGGGUGUUAUUACAUACCUCCUCCAUGAAUUCCCACUAAAGCCGUUGCCUCAUAGCUUAAUUCUAGCCCUAUUUGGUUGUUAUAUUCUCUCAUUACAUGCAAUCAUGCCGAAUGGAGCUCUGGUGCUGUUCUUCAUAUCAAUUCCCAUAUUGUUGGUUGGCAUCUGCAAGGAAGCUUUAUGGCUUUGCAAACCAAAGACUCACUUGAGCACAUCAGGUGAUGUUAGUUCUCGUUGAUCAUGUUUUCUUUGGGUUGAAACAUCUGGUGCUUCAAUUUGGGUUAUGCUUCAAUUUAAGUUAUGUAUUGAAUCAAUAGAUAAAUUAAAUAUAUAUAUAUAUAUGUGUGUGUGUGUGCGCGCGCGCGCGCGCGCGCAAUAAUGGCAAUACAGCCAAUGGAGCUACCCAGGUGUUCUUCCUCAUGGUUUGUUUCACUUUCCUGUUGUUGGGUCUUGGCAGCAAAACAGUAUUGUGUAUGUGCACCUUUGCCUGGAGUCAGGCCUUGUAUUAAUUUCUAGUGGUGGCAAUGCAUAAUAUAUAACUUAGAGCUUCUUGAAUGGUGUCU